AUGCCCGAACGCUACUCCGCCGAAGAAGUCGACCCCUCCAUCCUCGGCGAAUCCAUCACAUUCCCCUUCUCGGGUAAGACGGCCCCAAACCGCUUCAUGAAAGCGCCCAUGACCGAGCGUCUCUGCUCCUGGUCCAACACUGACCCCCGUGCCCGCGGCGUCCCCGACGACCGCUACAUCAACCUCUACAAAAACUGGGGAGAGGGCCAGAUUGGUUGCAUUAUCUCCGGUAACAUCAUCGUUGAUUACGAGAACCUCGAGGCGGCCGGCAACCCCAUCUUAGCGGAGGACCAUGAUGGACGUUUACAGAAGUUUAAGGAGGUGGCAAAAGCUGCGAAGGCUCAUGGAUCUUUGCUCGUUGGGCAGAUCUCGCAUGCGGGAAGGCAGGUGGAGGAUACCAUUCAACCCUACCCCGUCUCCGCAUCCGAUGUCCAGCUCAAAGAAACGAUGGGUAUGUCGUUCGCGAAACCCACGCCCCUCACCGAAGCCGGUAUCAAGGACGUCGUCAACAAAUUCGCCACGACGGCGGAGUUGAUGCACAAAGCCGGCUUCGACGGGAUCCAGUUGCAUGGUGCGCAUGGGUAUUUGAUCGCGCAGUUCUUGGCCAACACCACCAACAAACGUACCGAUAAAUAUGGUGGGUCACUCGAGAACCGCUCUAGAAUCAUCUUCGAGAUCAUCGACGAGAUUAAGAGGCGCAUCACCGACCCUUCUUUUAUCUUGUCCAUCAAACUCAACUCUGUCGAAUUCCAAUCCGGAGGAUUCGAGACGAGCGAGUGUGCUGCACUUUGUCAAUCCCUCGAAGCCGCUGGCGUGGACUUUAUCGAUCUCUCCGGCGGUACCUAUGAGGAGUUAGCGUUCGAGCACAAGAGAGAGAGCACCAAGAAGCGCGAAGCAUUCUUCCUCGAAUUCGCGGAUGAGAUUCGUCCGUUGCUCAAGAAGACAAUCAUUUACGUCACCGGUGGAUUCCGUACCGUUCCCGCGAUGGUGCACGCCGUCUCCUCAGGUUCCUGCCACGGAAUCGGUCUCGGCCGCCCUCUUACCGCCGAGCCAUUCCUCUGUCGCGACAUCCUCUCCGGAUCCGUCAACGCUUGUCUCAACAACAAGCUCCCCUCGGACAUGGGUAUGCAAAUUGUCGGCGCAGGAUCCCAGAUCACUGAAAUCGCGGCCGGGAAGGAGCCGUUUGAUUCGAGUGAUGAGAAGGUCGUUGAGAGGUUCUUGGAGGAGUGUGGGAAGGCGUUUGCGGCGAUGGCGGAACAGAAGGAGAAGACGGCUGGGUUCCCGGUUUUUGAGUAUGGGGGUGUUACGGGGGGACAGGUUCCUGGGUAUGCAGCGGCUGAGGUUGCGAACAAUUAA